GAGGAACCAUGACAGUCAGCAGAAUUGCAUGCUUGGAAUUCUAGCUACCGACUUUUGCUUGGAAGGAGCCCGUCGUUGUUGAGACCACUGGGCGAGAAGCUGCGGUGACUUCCUGAGCACACAGGCACCUCAACACGAAACGCAGCGGCUGUUUAUUUGUUUGAAGGAAGUCAGCAGGGUGCUCGAUACAUUAUCGCCAGCGACAGGAAUUACAGCCAAACAACAAGCAUCAUUCAGUGUCAGCCAGAGGUAGCAGCUGGAGCUCUCUCAGGCGGCUCGACCCUGCUGCUACUCUCGAGCCUGUUAAUUCCUGCCUAACCUCAAAGUAGCUUUUCCAGACAACACACUGGGUCAACAAUGUCUGCGGAUUCCCUUCCUGAAAACCAGGUCUACAUCCGUGAUAUCGACUUAUCGACAGGAAGGCACCUUUUCCAAAGCCCCUGACUACCGGUGUCUGUGGGUGUCAGCUUCCUUCCGCAACAACUUCCUGGCCACUGCUGUUGCUUUUCACCUUCUUGUAGCACUUACAGGAUGACAUAGUGGUUACAGAAACAUUUUUGGGCUGUAUGGGUAUUGUGCAAGCACAUGUCCUGCUGGAGAUAACUUGAGUGGAUCCAUGCCGGACUAGGAAUGCUUUGUAGUCGACUAAACCUUUAACUUCUCCAGGGAUACAGACAGAAGAAACAGGGAUUUCCCUGAAGGAAUAAAAAACUCUAUUAAAUCCACAUUCUAGAAAAGACCAUCGCCCCUCCAGUUCCCUGCCCUCCCAUUGCCAGCCCCAGUACCAUGCUGGGUGCACUCCUGCGAAGGAACAUGUCUCAGAAGUUGAGUGUGCUGCUGAUGGUAUUCGGCCUGGCGUGGGGAUUUAUGCUGCUGCGCUACACUGUGCAGCAGCCUCGCCAUCAGAGCAGCUCUGAGCUACGGGAGCAGAUACUGGAGCUCAGCAGGCGAUAUGUCAAGGUCCUGACAGAGGAGAACCAGAAUAUACCAGGUGGGCCGCAGGGAACAUCCAUGGCUGGUUACGCUGAUCUGAAGAGGACUAUAGCUGUGCUACUGGAUGAUAUUCUGACGCGGCUGGUCAAACUGGAGGGGAAAAUCGAGCUUGUUGUCAAUGCCUCUUCCACUAACACCUCCCACACAGCAGGGGGCGUCCUUGCCUCUGCCCCCGCUGACCUACAGAAAUCCUCAAAGCACGAGACAGCUGGCAGCCACCCAGGGACGUCACGCCUGCACCCACACAUCCCUAAAAGGCCUCGGCCACGUCAAAGAAUAUAGUCCUAAUAGAAAUCUUUAUUUAUUUUGUUUGGCUUAUCACAUUUUCCAGCAUCUAUCACUGAUGUAAUCACAUCAGACUAGUGAAAAGCAAUACUGAGAUUUAUGGACAUCGAUCAACUUGAAAAUGUGGACACUUCUAAGAAAUGUUCUACGCUAUCAGAGGGAAGAAAAAGACUUCUAUAUGCUCUCUCCUGUCACAUGCUGAUAUCUAUUUAUUUUUUACCAAGACUAUCCAGCAUAUUUUUUUAUAUUCACAUUGCUCAUUGUAUUUUGCUUGAAUUUUAACUUUUUUUUUUUUUUUGAAUGUCACAUUGAAAUCUUAUGACUGUUUCAGCAAAAGCAAAGAAGUAGAAACACUCGUUUACAUAGGUUUCAUUUUAUAAAUAGCUCUGAAGUCUCACCUAUCAACAAAGUGAACUACAGUAUGUUUCAAAACUUCAACAUGUCAUAAUGCUGACUAAACCAAUAUACUCAUAGUUAGGAUAAGCUAAAUAUCAGUUUUAGCUGGUGUAGCUUCUCAAUACUAUAAAACUAUUCUACUUUUGGCUUAUACCUAUAUGUAGUUUGAAGGACAGUUAAAACAGAUAAUCCAAAGAAUGUUAUUGCACCUCAUCCGAAGGAAGUAAAAAUGUGUAUUUAUAAUUUUCCUGUUGAUUAGUUGAUGCCUAUUUGCCACUUAACAUGAGUGGGAUGUGCUUUGUUUUCAGAUCUAAUGUUUCCCCGGCCAGCUGUCCAGAAAUGUUUAAUUUAGGUUUGGAACAGAUUGAAUGUACUGUGUAGUCAGUCUUUAGCCUUGUAAUGCUGUUAAGUAGACUGACCUACUGCUUACUCAUGUUCAGGGUUCAUCUUGCACUGUGACUCUAUAGAGAGUAUCUAAAAAUACUGGACUCAUCCAUCCUUUACUAUAAGGAUAUUUGAAGGGUGUGGACAUGGGGGGGGACGUUGGUAUAUUCACUCUACACACCCUUAUCCUGAUCCUAAAUAUAGUUUCUGCAGCAAGAAAGAUGGCCAAUAUUGUCAUCCAAACUUCUUGGGGAAUGUAGAUGUUGUACUGAAAUAUGAGGAAGUUACUUCAUAUCUUAGUUACAAACAGAAACUUAACUGAAUGUGAAGGCCUCACGUCUUAAUAAUCACUCUGUGGGUUAACCGUGUCUAUAUUGAGUGAUGCCAUAAAUGUACUUGGCUGUAUAAGGUAGACAAGAUGGUGAUCCAGUUAGCUGCUGUCGGAUAGAUUUACUAAAGAAUAGACUAUGGACAUUUAAACCCACCCCACCCCCACUUUAAAAGCUGUUUUGUAUCAGGUCAAUUUCUUAAUUUCCAUGAAUUAAAGCAAGUUAAAAACCAA